AACACCAUCCCGCGAAACUUGUAUUUUUUUUUUUUCAUCUCCAUCCAUACAUUACUGACGAGUAUAGUUGCUUGCUUGCUUGCACACCCUACGUACAUCAACAAACGAGGCUGUGUUAUAUAGCGUGAGUCACAGCAAGGCGACACGCGUUUGGGUCUUUUCCACCGCCUUUCUCUUUGUCCUCUUGUCCACCCGGUCUCAAGUCUGCCCAUUGAUGUGCCUCCGGUGGCCUUCCGCCGUAUUCCAACGCGGGUUCGGUGCCAUUGGGUUCGUCCCCCUCCGCCCGUGUAUUUCGGACGGCGAGAUUGGGUUGCGGUGGCAAACACUUACGUAUCUACUACGGGGAAGGAGGAUGGGUUGUUCCGAGAGGCUAUUUUGCACUAUACGGACAGCUCUCCAUUCCGUUUCGGCUGCUCCGUUCGAUUUCCUGGAUUCGGCUCCGUGGUCUCCGCCGUGGUGCCUUUUGCCCCCCCCCUAAUCAUAUAAGACCGUGCGCGAGUCUAAUACGUUCGGUUUCGUUUAAAGUUACAACACGGGGAGCUAGUUUUCUCGCUCGCCCAUCUCGUUGACUCAUUCACAGGCGUCUUUUUUUUUUUUGUUUGGCGGUUGGUCCACCUUCUUCCAUCUCUUUAACCGACAUUCGGGAAGUUUAUUUCAUGUGAUGUGUUUGAACUUUUCCCCUCGUCUUCGUUAUUGGGGAGCACAACACGGACCCAUGGAUGGAUGCCAGAUUGGAUAGAUGAGCGGGCGAUGGAGUAUAUUUUCGGAUGGACUCAGCCUCACCUGGAAUUUAUUUACAGUUACGACUCAUCAGGUACGCCAUGCCAGCACUUUUAUCCGUUGGGAUUUCAUCGUCGGGAUGUCGACUUUACGGCUUCCUGCAGGAUGGUUGGAGGACAGAGAUGUUUUCUUUCGGAGCUAUUUCCAAAGGUUGUCCUGGCUCCCUGAGUCAUUGAUCUGCUGAUAGGGCGCUCAAAGGCUCUUGAUACAAUUUAGUGGAAGCAGGAAAGGGCCUUUUGUGGGUCAUGACCUGUGACCGCGAUACACACUUUACUCUCACCCCCCCUUCUUUCUUUCUUUCUCUCCUUCUCAGGAGCACCCCGAUGACGUCGAGUUUGGGGGGAAAAUGCCAACUUCUAGAAUUCAGAAGACCCCUGAUUUAGGCUGUAUCCCGGAGGACAGCCCUAUUUCGUGGGAGGACCCUUUUGUUUCUUUGCAUCUGUAUCCGCUUUUUUCGAUCAGAUCGGCCUUUUUCUAUCAAUCACAACCUCACCGAAAACGCUUUUAUAAAUAAUUGCCCUGCCGCAUGUAACAUUUCCUCCCUCCUGGGGUGGUGGGUUGGGCUUAAGGACAUCUUUGCUAUCUUUGGCGCCCGUGCUCCUCCGCCCCUUUCCAUUUCGCCUUGAGGGAAAAAUGUUUGGACG